AUGUCUGGGGCACAGGGCGCACAGCCAAAGGAGGCAUAUACAGCAACCACAUAUGAGUCAGUGGGAGGAGAAGAGAACAAGACGAAGUUGGAUUUGCGGUCCAGGGAAGAUGAAGGGGGCAUAAAGGUAGAUAAAUUUCAGGACAAGGUGGAGGAUGCUGCUGGCAAAGGCGGGCCUGUUUUUGGUGCCGCUGCCCAACAAGAAGAAGAAGAAGGUGGUGACAAGCCAGAUUUGGGUGUUACCGGCACGGCUUAGUCUCUUGUAUUUUUUCCCCUUUUGACAUGGCUGUGGCUUAUGCUUAUGUCUAGGUGUGUAUGAAUGUACAAAUACUAAAAAUAAUGGAAUAAUAAUUACCUAAAAGUUGGCGGUUCCAGUAGAAAAA